AGAGCUAAAAUAAUAAAAUGCUGAUCUCACUGUUCCCCCACCCUUUCCCCCGGCUCGGCACCAGGCUCCUCCUGCUGCCGGAGCAGUGCCCCAGUAGAACAGAACUACUGACAGAAGGGGAGGUGAGAAGGAGGUGGCCAUCAGGACUGGCUCUCAGUGCCACACAGUGGGGAAGGGGUGGGGGUCACCAUGUCAUCAUAUCAGAAGGAACUGGAGAAAUACAGAGAUAUAGAUGAAGAUGAGAUCCUAAGGACCUUGAGCCCCGAGGAGCUAGAGCAGCUGGACUGCGAGCUACAGGAGAUGGACCCUGAGAACAUGCUCCUGCCAGCUGGAUUAAGACAACGUGACCAGACAAAGAAGAGCCCCACAGGGCCACUGGACCGAGAGGCCCUUUUGCAGUACCUGGAACAACAGGCACUAGAAGUCAAAGAGCGUGAUGACUUGGUACCCUUCACAGGAGAGAAGAAGGGGAAACCCUACAUUCAGCCAAAGAGAGAAAUUCCAGCACAGGAACAGAUCACCCUAGAGCCUGAGCUGGAAGAGGCCCUGGCCCAUGCCACAGAUGCUGAGAUGUGUGACAUAGCAGCAAUUCUGGGCAUGUACACACUGAUGAGCAACAAGCAAUAUUAUGAUGCCAUCUGCAGUGGAGAAAUAUGCAACACUGAAGGCAUUAGCAGUGUGGUACAGCCUGACAAGUAUAAGCCAGUGCCAGAUGAGCCCCCAAACCCCACAAACAUCGAGGAGAUGCUAAAGAGGGUUCGAAGCAAUGACAAGGAACUGGAGGAGGUGAACCUCAAUAAUAUACAGGACAUCCCAAUAACCAUGCUAAGUGAGCUGUGUGAGGCGAUGAAGACAAACACCUAUGUCCGGAGCUUCAGUCUGGUGGCCACAAGGAGUGGUGACCCCAUUGCCAAUGCGGUGGCUGACAUGUUGCGCGAGAACCGUAGUCUCCAGAGCCUGAACAUUGAAUCCAACUUCAUUAGCAGCACAGGACUCAUGGCUGUGCUGAAGGCUGUUCGGGAAAAUGCCACACUCACUGAGCUCCGUGUGGACAACCAGCGCCAGUGGCCUGGUGAUGCAGUGGAGAUGGAAAUGGCCACCGUGCUCGAGCAGUGUCCCUCUAUCGUUCGCUUUGGCUACCACUUUACACAACAGGGGCCACGAGCUCGGGCAGCCCAAGCCAUGACUCGGAACAAUGAACUACGUCGCCAGCAAAAGAAGAGAUAAGACCACCCUUCCCUUGACCAACUAGAGCUGGGAACCCUGGACACGUAAAUUCUCAUUUCCCCUCUUCCUGUAAAUAAAGGCCCUUUUGUCCAUCC